GGCGAUGUCCGUGUCAGGCCAGCUGUAAUUUGAUUAAUCCACCAAAAGGGUAGCUGCACGCAUUACUGUGGAUUUUUCAGGGAGGGGGCUGCAUAGCGUUUGAGGAGAAAUGGAGACUUUAGUCUUUUUAUUUUCAUUUUCUGCCCUUGGCAUUCUUUAUGCCAUGAACACCAUCCCUGAGUUUCAAGAGCCUUACGUGAUCCUCGAGAUCGGUGUUGCUGUGUUGGUGAUUGUGUUCCUGUUCUACUUCCUCAUCACUCGUGGCAACCCGCCUAAAGACCUCUUAUUCUUUGUUUUUGCUGAAUUUUCUUUUACCUGUAUCAUUGACCUGACGAGUGCAUUAGAAUAUGAUGGCAUUAUCUCCGGUUUUAUGGAAUUCUACCAGAAAACAGGAGAGCCUUACUUGGGAACAGCAUAUGCCAUCAUGAUGUGUUACUGGGAUGGAAUCGCACACUUUAUCAUGUACCUGAUGAUGAUCAGCAGGAUAACAGACAGGAAAGCCUACCGCACCCUGGGUUUGUUCUGGGCUGGCUCUUUGUGUGCCAACAUGAGCGUGUUUAUUACUGGAAUAGUGGCAGGUAAAUAUGGGUCAGAGAUCCGUCCAGCCUUCUGGCUCAAUUUUCUCUUUCUUUUGAUGCCGGUGCUGGGAGCCAUAUCACUGUUCACUCGGCCCAAGGACAGACCACUAAUUGGCGGAUACAAUGCCCAGCAAGCUCAGAGCAUGAAGUUAAUCUGGCGUCCCUUUGACAUGAUCCUUGUGGUGCUGCUGUUAGCUUCUAUUGCCUUUACCACCCUCAGAGGCUUGGUGGCUCUGGACUCUCCACUUGAAGUUUGCUCUGUGUACCUGAAGCAAUAUGAACCUUACCUGAAGGACCCCGUGGGCUUCCCCAGAGUCAUGAUGCUGCACUUGUUUUUUUAUGGACUACCCCUCCUGGGUGCAUUUGUUUAUGGCCUCCUCAAACCCGGCUGCUCUUGGAUGUCAGACUGGACCAUGUUCCUCGCUGGAGCCAUAAUCCAGUGUCAGUGGUCCCACAUCGGGGCAUCCCUCCACCCUCGCACCACAGCUCCAUUUCGCAUCCCAAAUGAAGUUUUCUGGACAGUCUUAUUUGCUAACUUGCUUUAUGCAGUCACUCCAAUCCUGGUGGCCCUGCGGGUCCACAAUGACCCCUAUUUCUUUUUAAAAAUUGCCCCCUUUCCUGGGCAGACUGGUUUGCCAAACAGUGAGGAGAAGGAUACCAAGUACAAAGAAAAAUAAUUCUUCAUCCUCUCUGACCUUUGGAGUAACUCAUGUCAAAGUUCAUGAAAAGUGGCUUUAUUACAAAUGCCAUAUUUAAAAAUGCCAAAAUACAAGAUUAUUUUGCCCAAAAUUGAUUUGCUUAUGGUUCAUUUUAUUGUUUACUUGCAACAUUUCCAUUUGUUAAGUCAUGCUUAAACAGUGGAGGAUCAGUGGAUUGAU